GCUGUGCAGUUCAUCACACAAGCUGCUCACAGACCUGGAGAGAAGAGAAGCGCAGGAGAAACGUGUUGCAGCUGUUCUCAGAAUAUUUACCAGACUCUAAGCAGUGAAGUAUCUCUGAGCUUUUGAAGGUAAUCUCAGGCACACGGCUAUCAGCAUGCAUCUCCUUAAUAGUCCUCAGAAUUCCAUCCAAAAUACUUUUGCAAACAACACCAGCUGGAAACCUGUUUGGAACCAAGAUAAUACAUUCACUACCAUUUUCCCUAUUCUUCCCAACAUCAGCAUUAAUUCUAGCGCAAGCAAUCAUUCUGAUUUGCAAUAUAGAAAUGAAGAAGUGGCAAAAAUUGAAAUAGCAGUAUUAGCCAUAAUCUUUAUAGCUGCUGUGGUGGGCAACUGCAGUGUGCUGCUAGGUCUCUACAAGUCCAAAAAGAAGAUGUCAAGGAUGCACCUAUUCAUCAAGCACUUAAGUAUAGCAGACCUGGUAGUAGCUUUUUUCCAGGUCCUACCCCAGCUGUGCUGGGACAUCACUUACCGUUUUUAUGGUCCAGAUGCCAUGUGCAGAAUAAUUAAGCACCUCCAAGUUUUUGGGAUGUUUGCCUCAGCUUAUAUGUUGGUGGUUAUGACAGCUGACAGGUACAUAGCUAUCUGCCACCCUCUGAAGACUCUCCACCAGCCCACAAAAAGAUCAUACGUGAUGAUAACAACAGCUUGGCUCCUUAGCUUUAUUCUUAGCAUCCCCCAGUACUUUAUAUUCUCUCUUAGCGAGGUGAAAGAGGGCACAAACAUAUAUGAUUGCUGGGGGCACUUUUUGCCAUGGGGAUUAAAAGCUUACAUCACUUGGAUGACCACUGGCAUCUUCAUUGUACCAGUGUUAAUCCUCUUGACCUGCUACGGGUUUAUCUGCUACAACAUUUGGAGAAAUAUCCAAGUCAAGACAAAAAAGGAAGAGACUGAAGGAACAAGGAAGAGUGGACUAUUGUCCACAUCAGUUAGCAGUGUAAAAACCAUAUCCAGAGCUAAGAUCAGGACAGUAAAAAUGACUUUUGUAAUCGUUUCUGCAUAUGUCAUUUGCUGGGCUCCAUUCUUCACCAUUCAGAUGUGGUCUGUCUGGGAUCCAAACUUCACAUGGGUUGAGUCUGAAAAUGUUGCAGUUACUGUGACUGCUCUGUUGGGUAGCCUGAAUAGCUGCUGCAACCCUUGGAUAUAUAUGUUUUUCAGUGGACAUCUAUUGCAGGAUUUCAUACGUUCUUUUCCCUGUAGAAAGAUAAAAAAUGCACUGUAUAAAGAAGAUUCUGAUAGUAGCACCAGGCGACAAACCUCUUUUACCAGACUCCAGACCAGAAGUCCUUCCAACAGCAUAGACAAUUGGAAAGAGUCACCUAACUCCACAAGAUCCACCAGAUUAUUAUACAUACAAACUUGAUAAUGUGAGCAUUGAAAAUGACAGCACCAAAAAUGCAAACAUGGUUUAAAAGACUAAAGCGCACAAUCUGCAAUUACUGUGUUAUAUAUAAAAUAAGGGUCAGGAAUUUUAAAGGUUAGAUAAUAUAUAUACAAGUAUAAACUAUGUCACAAGUUGCCAUUAACCAAACGUAUUUGUACACUUUCUAUAACUUACAUUAGAAGGAGGGGACAAGAAUAAACAUAUAUGUGUGUUUAUUUUUUAAGAUGUUUUAAAGUGGGAUCAAUUGACAAAUAUUUUUGUGUAAAAAGUGUAUCAAGACUUUUAUGAAACUUUUACAUGUAUAGAAUUGCUAAAGAUGUUACCCUAUAUAAUAUUUCUAAUUAACAACCAUUAAAGGGCUAGUCUAGUCAAAAUUAAACUUUUAUGAUUCAGAUAGAGCAUGCAAUUUUAAGCAACUUUCAAAUUUACUCCAAUUAUCAAUUUUUCUUCAUUAUGGGCCGGUUCCUCAGCCUACAAUCCUGCUUUUUCAAAUAAAGAUACCAAGGGAACAAAGAAAAAUUGAUAAUAGGAGUAAAUUAGAAUGUUGCUUAAAAUUGCAUGCUCUGUCUGAAUCAUAAAUGUUUAAUUUUGACUAGACUAUGCCUUUAAGUUAAACUGCCUGCUUGUAAAUGUUCUGUAAAACUUGUUACUUUAUUUUGAAGGGGGAAUGUAAAUAGCAUAGUAAUAAAUGUCAUAACUAACAUAGUAACAUAGAAGAUGAGUUUGAUAAAAGACCGAAGUCCAUCAAGUUCAACCUAUACAAAUCUAAAAUACUUAGAAAAAGUUCCAGUUAAAUUUAAAUAAUCCCACUAAAAGGUGACCCAUUUAAUACUAACAAUCAUAUCCAUGAAUUUUGUUUCUAGACAUAAAUGUAUCCAAACAAUUUUUAAAUGUAUCUAUGGUAUUGGCAUUCACUACCUCCUUUGGUAAUGAGUUGCACAAUUUUAUUGCUCUUACAGUGAAAAAACGUUUCCCUUGCAGGAGAUUAAAUAUCCUUUCCUCCAACCUUAAAUUGGGACCUCUUGUCAAAAACAAUUUUUUUGGAAUAAACCGAGCUUCUGCCAUUUUUGUAUAUGGGCCUUGAAUAUAUUUAUAUAAAGUAAUCAUGUCACCUCUCAAGCGCCUUUUUUCUAAAGAAAACAGACCCAGUUUGGCUAGCCUCUCCUCAUAACUUAAAUUCUCCAUUGCCCUUAUUAGCUUUGUGGCCCUUCUCUGAACUUUUUCUAGUUCUGCAAUAUCUUUUUUUGCAAUUGGUCCCCAGAACUGCACUCCAUACUAAAGGUGAGGGAUUUAUAUAGUGACAGAAUUAUGCUUUCCUCCCUUGAAUCAAUACCUCUUUCAAUACAUGCUUGUAUCUUAUUAGCCUUUGUAGCCACUGCCCUGCAUUGUGCACUCAUCUUUAGCUUGUUAUCUAAUACUACUCCAAAAUUACUUUUCUCCUCUGUUUGGCUAAGUCUUGUCCAUUUAAAUAAUACGUUGCCUGCUUAUUUUUACUUCCAAAAUAUAGAACCUUGCAUUUUCCCAUAUUAAAUCUCAUUUUCAGUUUACCUCCCCAUACUUAAAUUUUUUCCAGAUCCCUUUGUAACGAAAGUUCAUCCUGCUCUGACCUAAUAACCUUACUUAACUUAGUAUCAUCUGCAAAAAUAGAGAUGUCUCUAUUUAAUCCUUGCUCCAAUUCAUUUAUAAAAAUAUUAAAAUGAACAGGGCCCAGUACUGAUCCAUGGGGGACUCCACUAAUUAUCUUUGUUCAAUCUCAGUAUGAUCCAUUCACUACUACUCAUUGCUCCCUAUCUUUUAUCCAGUUAUUUAUCCAUGAGCUAACAUUUUUAGCUAUUCCCAGUCCCUUAAUUUUGUGCAUUGAUCUCUCAUGUGGCACUGUAUCAAAUGCCUUUGCAAAAUCUAAGUAUAUCACAUCAACUGAUUCCCCUUUACCUAUAUUUUUACUUACUUCCUCAUAGAAUCUAAUUAGAUUAGUUUGACAUGAUCUAUUUCUCAUAAAACCAUGCUGAUUUGAACUCAUAAUCUUGUUUACACGAAUGUGCUUAUCUAUAGACUCCCUUAUAAUCCCUUCAAAUAUCUUCCCCACUAUUUGAUGCCAGACUAACUGUUCUAUAGCUUUCUGGAUCAUCCCUGCUUUCCUUUUUGAAGAGUGGCACCACAUCAGCUUUACGCCAAUCCUGGGAUACCAUGCCUGAGGAUAAUGAGUCUUGAAAAAUUAAGUGUAGAGGUUUGUCUAUAACCGUGCUAAAUUCCCUUAACACCAUUGGGUGUAUUUCAUCUGGGCCUGGAGUUUUAUUUACCUUAAUAUUACCCAGUUUUUUUCCUGAUAUCCUAUAUACAUAACACAGUUAAUGGUAUGGGCUGGCAUGUUCUAGUUUGUUCCAAAGUAUUGUCCAUUGGUUCCUCUCUUGUGUAUACUGAAGAAAACAACUGGUUUAUUACCUCAGCCUUCUCCCUGUCACUGUUAACCAUGCUGCCCUCCAAUCAUUUUAAUGUACCUAUAUUGUCCUUAGAUUUUUUGCUAUUUAUGUACUUAAAGAACCUUUUAGGGUUAUACUUAGAAUCCUUUGCAAUUAAUGUUUCAUUUUCAAUUUUGGCUAAUUUGAAUCCAUUUUUGCAUACUUUGUUAUAUUCCUUAUAAAUAUGGUAUGUUGAGUCUGUACUAUUUUCUUUGAAUAAUUUGAAUGCCCUACAUUUUUUUUAUUUAGCCACAUUGGCUUGGAUUUUUUAUUAUAUAACCAUAUGGUAUUUGUUGAUAUGUAUAUUUAUUUAACAAAAUUUUAAAUAUCCAUUUAUCCUCUGUAUUUUUAUUAGAUAAUACUUUGUCCCAAUUUAUGUUAUUUAAUGAUUUCCUUAAAUCAUUGAAUUUUGCUUUCUUAAGAUUAAAAGCCUUAGCUAAACCUUUAAGACACUGCUUAUGAAAAGAGAUUUAAAAUGUGAUCAUGUUAUGAUUACUGUUACCUAAAUGUUCUCUGACUUCUAUGUUUGAUAUUAUAUCUGUAUUAUUUGAUAGCUCUAAAUCCAACAUAGCUUUACUACUAGUUGGCUCCUCUAUUAAUUGUGAAAAUAAGUUAUCCAUGAGAACGUUUAAAAAUAUAUCCCCCUUAGCGGAAUUACUAGUUUCAUUGGCCCAGUUAAUAUCAGGGUAGUUAAAAUAUCCCAUAAUUACAGCACUGUUAUUAGCUAUUUGCAUUAGUAGUUAAGUUUCCUCCAGGUCACUAAUGUUGGGGGGGCUUGUAGCAUCUUCCAAGUAAUAUUUUUUAUGUUUUUUUCCUCCACUCUUUAUUUCAACCCACAGGGUCUCUACAUUGUAACCUGUAUCAUAGAUAUCUUCCCUUAUUGUAGGUUUAAGGUUAGGUUUACAUGCAGAUUCCUCCACCUCUUUUAUUAUUCCUGUCCCUCCUAAAUAAAGUAUACCCCUCUACGUUAACUGACCAGUCGUGUGAAUCAUCCCACCAACUAAGAGCUCCAGCUCCCCCAUUUUACUUGUCAUGCUUCUUGCAUUUGUUGUCAUAUAUUUAAUUUUUAUGUACUUUCUGCUGCUACUUGGUGUGCUUUCCUCCAUACUUUCCAAUAUGACGUUUCUUAAGUCAUCCCUUCCUUGAGAUAUUAUAGGAUUGACAUAUUCAUAGACUGAUCUCUCUGUUCUACAUACCUUUGUAUGGAUAAUGCUUCAUAUAUGCCUAAGAAUCAAAACAUCACAAAGUAAAAAUCACAUAAAGAAAAAAACAUACAUUUUUUUAAUAUCAUAUAAGAUGACAUAUUAUGAAAGGCACAUAUCAGUAUCAUUCAUUUAUCAUGACAUGCUACAUCUUUACACAUUAUUAUUAUUUUUUAAACUGAAGGUGUUAUUCUAAAAUUAACCUUAUAGUACUGGAACCUUAAAGCCGUUCUACUUUUAUGCAGCUAAAUAUGUUUUCUGGCAGUAGAAUGUGCCUUAUUGACUAACAUAAUUAAUAAAUAAAAGCUCCAAUUUUGUAAACAUUAGCUU